CGUUUCUAAGAUGGAUAAACGACCUUCCACUACUGGAAAGUCAGAGAAGUCAAAGCAGGUUCAGCUCAGACCUGUCUCUGCUCCAACAACUUACGCAGACGACCUUUUGGCCCAGGAAGAACGCUACAAACUCAUGAAUGCAGAGUUGGAGGCCAAGACAACAGAUCUCGUGAGACAAGCAGAACAGCUUGUGAGCGAGCAGAAUGAAGCUCUAUCAAAACCCUUGCCAAGCCUGCUCUCAAAUAUUGAAUUGGAUUCCAGAAAAUCAAAUGAGUCUGCUGAAGCAAAAGUAGAGGAUGCAAUGGAUAUUUUCUCACUAAAAGCAGUUCAGAACAUAGAGGAGAAGAUGAAUGAGGCUGGUGCUUGUGAAGAUUUUUUGGAUGAUGCUGAAGACAGUACAGAAACUGGUGUCUUGGAUGCUCAAACACAAGUUCUCAAGGCAAAAUUAAGAAUUUUGCAAGAAGAAGUGGAUCAGUUGUCAAGUAAAUAUUAUAAGAAGGAUGAUGAAAAUGCUCAGCUUAGUGCAAAAAUUAAGGAGCUUGAAGAGGACCGAGCCAAACUACAGAAGACUGCAAGCAUCCAAAAAACAGAGACUGAGAAGCACAAAACAUUAGUUGAGGAGUCUUCCAAAGAAUGGGAUGGUAUUCAGCUGCAAGUGUCUGCUUUAAACAAGGAAAUAGAAAAUCUGACUCGAACCCAGAAAAAAGCAGCAGCUACCCACACCUCCGUGGAGGUUCGCUUGAACAGAGCUCUGGAGGAGAAGGCAAAGUUAAAAACUGAGCUGAAGGCUACAAAACGGAUGACCAAGCACAAGAUAAGGGCGGAACACGAGAGCAGAGAAAAUCUACUUGCUGAAAACAAGUUGCUUAUGAGGCAGAAAGCAGAACUCAUUGUUGGUCUCAAGAAACAGAUGAAGUUGAUCAGCAUUCAAAAAAGAUCCGCAAUGCACAACGAAGUUGGCAAGCAACUGUUCCUCACAGAAGAAGAGAUCAACAACGCUCUUGACUUGGGGAAGUCAUGAAUACAGAGAUGGUCGUCAUUUCUCCAUUGGUUUGUUUAUUUCUUUGAUUAAAUGGUUCCCUUUUACAUUUGAAAGAAAAUUACAUGUGUAGUGGAAUAAAAAAACUAAACAAAAAAAAACUCUUGAA